UGCGGGGUCCGGGUGAGAGCGGAUAUAGUGAAUGCGGGGUCCGGGGAGAGCAGAUAUAGUGAAUGCGGGGUCCGGGGAGAGCGGAUAUAGUGAAUGCGGGGUCCGGGGAGAUAGGAUAUAGUGCAUGCAGGGUCCGGGGAGAGCGGAUAUAGUGAAUGCGGGGUACGGGGAGAUAGGAUAUAGUGCAUGUGGGGUCCGGGGAGAGCGGAUAUAGUGAAUGCGGGGUCCGGGGAGAGCGGAUAUAGUGAAUGCGGGGUCCGGGGAGAGCGGAUAUAGUGAAUGCGGGGUCCGGGGAGAGCGGAUAUAGUAAAUGCGGGGUCCCGGGGAGAGCGGAUAUAGCAAAUGCGGGGUCCAGGGUGAGAGUGGAUAUAGUGAAUGUGGGGUCCGGGGAGAGCGGAUAUAGUAAAUGCCGGGUCCGGGGCAGCUGGAUAGGAAGAGGAUUCUCUGGGGUC